AUGGGCACUCGGCAGACCAAGGGCAGCCUGGCGGAGAGAGCCAGCCCGGGAGCGGCGCCCGGCCCCCGCCGCGAAAGACCCGACUUCUGGGCGUCACUGCUGCUGCGUGCCGGGGACAAGGCGGGGCGCGCGGGCGCUGGGCUACCCCCCUACCACCGGCGCGUCGGCAUGGUCCAGGAGCUGCUGCGGAUGGUGCGCCAGGGCCGGCGGGAGGAGGCGGGGACGCUGCUGCAGCACCUGCGCCAGGACCUGGGCAUGGAGUCAACCUCGCUGGAUGAUGUGCUGUAUCGCUACGCCAGCUUCCGGAACCUGGUGGACCCCAUCACACACGACCUCAUCAUCAGCCUGGCCCGUUACAUCCACUGCCCCAAGCCGGAAGGUGAUGCGCUGGGUGCCAUGGAGAAGCUGUGCCGGCAGCUGACCUACCACCUUAGCCCUCAUUCACAGUGGAGGAGGCAACGAGGGCUGGUGAAGAGGAAGCCACAGGCCUGUCUUAAGGCCCUCCUAGCUGGGAAUCCUCCAGACAACAUGGUGGACCUGUCAGGCAUCCCACUGACCUCACGUGACCUGGAACGGGUGACCAGCUAUCUUCAGCGCUGCGGAGAGCAAGUGGACAGUGUGGAGCUGGGCUUCACAGGCCUCACAGACGACAUGGUCCUGCAGCUACUGCCAGCGCUCAGUACCCUGCCUCGCCUCACCACACUAGCCCUCAAUGGCAACCGACUGACCAGGGCUCUGUUGAGGGACCUCACUGACACCCUGAAGGACCCCAGCAAGUUCCCCAAUGUCACAUGGAUUGACCUGGGCAACAAUGUGGACAUCUUCUCUUUACCCCAGCCCUUCCUGCUCAGCCUGCGCAAGCGCUCUCCCAAACAAGGCCACCUACCAACUAUCCUGGAGCUGGGUGAGGGGCCAGGUGCUGGGGAAGAGACCAGGGAAGGCACAAGUGAGCAGGACUCUGGAGGAAGCCCUAUAACACCUACCAGAGACCAUGAUAGCAGGGAGAUUGUGACUCAGACAUGAUUUGGAAGCAGGGAGAACUUGUCAGGAUGGCUAAAGCAGAUUCGGGGUUUCUCCCCACCCACCACCCAAACACCAGGAUGAGAUCAGAAUACUUUUUGUCCCCAACUCCCAAUACCGUGUCCCUGAGAAGUCAUCCCUUGCUCUAGGGAUGUUCUCCAGACUUGUGCAGCCGGCCAAGCACUCCCCACCAGUACUGAACCCCUUGGAGAAUCUCCCCAAUUCCAGGGGCCUCUUUAGAAAGGGUGUGUGGUUAAGCAUUAUCCAGUCCAAGCUGCAAUCCUCCCUUGCUUGACUGGGGAUCUUACUGUGAAGGGCAGUACCGUGCCUGGUUCCCUUACCCCCAGCCAGCACAUUUUCUUUCUAGCAGCCAAGUUCCAGACCUCAUUCCCAGGAUUUAGUCUCUGGGAUGGUUUUUCAGGCACUUAUAAGGCUCCAGGACUAGUUCAGCCCUAGCUUAUUUUCCCAUAAUUCUCAUUAUUUCCCACAGCAAAUGGCUACUAUACUCACAGGCAGUUAUGAAUUUGGGGAAUCAAAGGCCAGGUAAGCAAACAAGCUUUAAGGAUGUGGGUGAGUUAGGGGCCUUACAUGGUACUGCAUAAAUCAUCAAGGGACAGGAAUUUAAGUGUGUGUGCCUUAAAUGCUCUGGAACCUUUGUCCAAGUCCUAGGUUGUGAAAACAGCUUAGACUGACCAGAAGUUUACAGUGCUAAAGCUAGGCCGCUUAACACCUGACACAUUUCACUCUUCAAAUACAAGUUUUUAAGGACCAGCA